UUAACUUGAUGAACAUGGUACAUGCGAUUCAACAAUCAACAACAUUAGAAAAAAAGAAAACAGCAGAAUGUUUAAUAGAACCAAUUACUUUUGAAUUUAAAGAUUCCCUCUUUGAAUAUUCUGUAUAUAAACCUUCUUCACGCUUUUUAAGAGAUUUCGAUACUAUAUUUCCUUCAUUGAAGGAAAAAAAAGAGCUACUUGUAGUGCCUAUUAUACAGAAAUGUAAGUUUGAUAUGGUUGGACUCACAAAAGAAGCGAAUGAGGAAAGAGAUAUUAAGCUUGAAAUAUUUGUUGAGUGGGGAAAAUUAGUUGUUAAGAGAAUAGAAUCAAUUGGUAUGUGGGCAGAUAUAAUGGACCCUGCAUCUGGAUUCCCAAUUUUAAGUGAGGCAGGUCCAAGUCCAUAUCCUGAUGUACAGGGCACCUAUAUGUUAGCAAGCUCUCGUUUUAGUAUUCAAAAUGUAGGAUGCUGUCAUAUAUUAUUACACCCAAAAUGGUUUAGUUUUAUAUAUCCUUCUACUCUGUUUACAACAGCUCCAGCAGAUAUACUUGAAAAAGUGAUCAAUGAAGUUAAUGAUGCAUUUCUCUUAACUCCCUGAUUGCUUUAUUUCAUAAAUAAGGAUUUGGUUCAGUUAUUCAAUUAGGAAAAGAAUAAGAAAAAAAAUAAACAAUUUAUUAGAUAGACUUUCAAUCGAUGUGUUUACUAAACUUAACUUCAGAAUAUUUACAGCAAAAAAAAAAGUAUGACACAAUAUCUGUUAUUUUUGUAUGGAAAACAUGGAGCGAAUCUAUAAAAUCUAUAACACUAUAAUGCAAAAUAGUCCAGUUACUGAUUUCCAGCGUUAAUUUUUACUAUCUUUCAUCUAAAUGUAACGGAAUAUAUAAUAAAUAAACUCAUUUGUAGUAAAUACGAGGUACUGCCGACUCUCUAUUUUAUAAAUGUAAAAUUAGAUUCCA